AUGGAAGGAUCGGAGACAUUUUGGCCAAGAUUUCAUUCAUCCAGUUCAAAAGGAAUUUAUAUUCCCCUAAGUUUCCAUCUUUCUGGUACAUAUGGAGGAGGCUCUGGCACUGGUGUCUAUAGUAGCGGUUAUAUGGGUAUGCCUGAAGCCUAUGGCAAUCUAGGUAAAGCGGUUCUAGCUGGCACGAGUUACAAAUCACCAGGAGGAUAUUCUGGCUUAAGGCUAUUCGGCAGCAGUAGCAGGCCUGUUUGGAGUGGUUGGGGUAAUGGAAAAUGGGGUCAUUACGGAAAAGGAUAA